AUGGAUGAACACGGUAAUUCCAAAUUACCAACUAAGGCAGCUGCUGAAGGCACACUUUCUGCUGAAAAAGAAGCAGUUGUUGAACACCAUCCAACGAAAACUCCUGUUUCGACUAGUAAUUUGAAUGGUAUGAAUUCGCAUGGUGAUACAGUCAUUCCCGAAAAAGCAGCUGAGGCUAAUCUGGAUCGUCAUGUCCAUGGCUUACAUCCACUAACUCAACACGAACAUGAAUAA